AUGGCCGGACGCCGAUACGGUUGCACAUACUUUCAUCUGCCACUGGGUAGCGAGAUUCGGAGUCCCAUCGACUGUGACAACGGAUCGCGGAAGCAAUUCGAGUCGGCCCCAUUCGGGAACAUCACGCGAGUCCUAGGAAUCAUACGCAUCAGAACAACGGCCUACCAUCCCAUCAGCAGUGGUAUGGUGGAAACGUUCCAUCGCCAAGUGAAGGCUAGCCUGACGGCAACUUCAAGUCACAGUUGGGUCGAGGCUCUACCUCUGGUUUUGUUGGGAAUUAGGUCGGCUCUGAAAGCGGACAUUGGCUGCUGCUCGGCUGAACUCGUAUACGGCACAACACUUCGCCUUCCGGGGGAGUUUGUCGCCGACAGUAAAAACGCAAACGCCCAGGCCAACAGCAAGUACGCCCUGCGACUGCAGGACAUUAUGAGCAAGCUGCGCCCUGUCCCUCCGCGUCUGCCAGCACCAUGGCCUGCCCACGUCCCCAGUGAUCGCUCCUCCUGUUCUCACGUAUUCGUGAAGCACGACUCUCUACAGCGUCUACCCAAGCCCCCUUAUGAGGGGCCCUUCAAGGUUGUGAAACGAGGAGAAAAGCACAUCACGAUCGCCGGAGGUGGCCGUCAUGACGCGGUCUCGCUUGACCGCGUAAAACCAGGGCACGUGGGCAGCAGUGAAGUGCGUGCACCAGCUCGAGUUCCAAAGCCAGAAAGGCUACCAGCACACCAGAUUGCACCAGCCCAACUAAUCGUCGAAAGGUUCACGUGGAGUGGGCGACGCACAAGACCUCCGGUGCGAAUGAACUUAUGA